AAAGAUAACAAGGAACAAAGUCUCACCGAGAAAUUUAAAACUUUAGCCCGGAUCGAAGGCGAAUUCAAAGGUCAUAGCGACGAGCAACACGCGGAAGCCGAAGAUACAUUGGGUAUGGACAAAACUGGUGAGAAUAUAUCGACUAAAAAGACAUCUAUACCUACACAUGCCACAGAAUACCGGGAAGACGUAGAUAAUUCAGAAAUCGAGAUGAAAUCGACUAAAUACGGUUGCGAUUCUGGUAAAAUUAUAAAUUCACAAUGCCACUGCAGUGAGUUAGCGGUUCAAUUCAAGCGUAUCGAAGGUGACUUAAAACUAUUGAAAAUCGAAUUGAAGUUUGCGAAGCUGAUGAAACUGCUUUGAUAUGUAGGACUGUCACAUGCCGAAACGAAAAGAGUUAUCUAAAAAGUGAGUUAGAAGUGGCCAAUUCUAAAAUAAUAGAUGAUUAUAGAUCUCCUAGCGAAAAUCAAACAUCUCGAAAAUGAAAAAUCUAGCUUGACAACGGCAAUAAGAAUAAUACAGGAAGACAACUUUCUGCGGUCAAACGUAAACAAUACUGAGGAUGAUCAAGGGGGAAACCAGUGGGUCGAAUUAAAUAAAAAGAAAAAGAAACGUAAACGCGAUCAGACUCAGAAACUACAAGAAAUACCAACAAUUGCUACGCAUGAAAAUUGUCCUCCCGAGACAACCUGUGCUGAUGAGUCAAAUGCUACUGUUAAAAAAUGUAAUCAUCUCGAGCAGGCAAUGGAGAAAAGAUGGAUAUCCGAACACUCGAGGAAAUCAUCAAAAUCCUGUUAAAGUAAUAAUAGCAGGCGAUUCCAUGAUAAAGCACAUCAAUGGAUACAAGAUGUCGGGAGUAAUUCACUAAGUCUCGACCUUCCCUGGAUGUACCACACUAGACAUGGAUGACUAUGUUAAGCCAGUAUUAAGAAAAAACCUGACAAAUUGAUUCUACACGUCGGCACAAAUAGCCUAAAGGGUCGUGAGAAUUCCACUCAUUGCGCAGAAGAAAUUAUAUCAUUGGGAGAAAAAAUAAAGAGAUCAAUCCCGGAGACGGAGCUAGUCGUGUCUGGCCUUGUCACGCGUUCAGAUGACGAAAUGCUAACACGUAAAGUCAAUGAAGUCAACGCAGCGCUGAAGGAAUCUUGUAUUCAGAAACAUUGGAAAUUCAUCGACCACACUAACAUUACAAUUAACCAAUUAAACCAGAGUAGAAUCCACCUCAACAAAAUGGGAUCAAGUAUGAUGGCACGAAAUUUUACAAACUAUAUUUACGAUAGGAAUUGUUAGGAUACAGUCGUGUGGGAGUCCGUAAGUAAUAAUGCUGACGAACAAUCUAGAUUAGAUGAAGAAAUGCCAACAAAAGUGG